GGAUCUGGCAGCUCCUGCGGAUGGCUUUGCUCAGAGUGGGUGCGCGAGUCGUCUCGUCUCGAAUCCCGCAUCACCUACGAGAAGCUUCUUAUCAGACGAACACAUAUAUACACAUAUACAUGCAUAACAUAUAAAUUUUUCGACAUACGUCCGACGUCGUUCGUCGGACGUCCGCGCGAGCAGAGUAUCCCGAGCUCGCGUUUACAAGGAACGAUUGAGAGGACAUAACCGCGAAACUCGAGUCUCGGGUCGUCCAGGACGCCUCGCUCGAUUAACCGCCCUUCGAGAGUCCUCUCGAUAAUCCGAGGCCGAGGCCGGAACGAGACGUGACAUGGAUGCACGCGAGAGAGCGUCUUGCAGAAGGUCCCAAGAGGCUGUUUAGGAUGAACAAAGGAUGUUCCAGUCGAAUGUUCUCGUAAUACCAUUGUGAACAAUGAUAGAAUCAAAUCUCAUCACACCUACGGAUGAUACCUUGUAGCUGUCGGAGCGUUUUCAAGCCUUUUGUAUUCAAUUCAGCAAUUGCCUAUUUGCACUUUGGCGUCGAGAAAUGCCAGCACCACCCCCGCCUCUUUCAAACCUGCCAGAAGCACCUAUGUGCGAAAAGACGGAAGUCAAUGAUACCGAUUCGCUGCCCCCCUGGGCUAAAAUUACGCUCACAUCUGCCGAGGCUGAAAUCGAAAAGCUGAUCUCGAGGAAUGAAUUGAAGGACGCAGAGGUAACUUACUUCUGUCAAGUGGAACCAAUUCUUCAAGACGGGCCACAAUGUGGUUUGGUAGCACUCGCAAUGGCAUCGCAGGAAUAUACAAAACCAGUUUCCGUGAGUCAGCUUCUUGCCGAAGCUCGUGUUCGAGGAUUCACGCAACACGGGGAGGUUUACAGUGUCGACUUUAUGGGAACAUUGGCUGCGGAAUAUCUGCCCGAUCACAGACCAGAUAUUCUAGUGGAUUUACAACAAUGCCCAGAUACGUUAACUCAUGCUUUGGCGCACGGAGCGAUGGUGCUGAUUCCGUACGAUUCAGAUUUUAACCAUGCCCCGUGUUUGAAGAGGGGCCAUAAAGCGCAUUGGGCAUUGCUCGUGGGACUAAUCUCUUCCAGACAAGGAUAUCACGUUCUGGCGCGUCACGGUAAGUCACGUCAUCUAGCUUGUUGGCCUUUACGCGAUUUGAUCGAGAGUAAUGGCAAUUUAGAGGAAGAAGGUACAGCGAGACACGCAGGAGGAUAUGUUAUACCAAAGGGUGGUGUCGGAGGCCAAAAGGGUUUACGUGGCAGAGCACUGGCAUUACAUCCGUACAUAUAGUUCCGUUAUGUCAAAGAAAAUUGUAGGUAACUGAUAUAUCAUGGUGAAGAAAAAAAAAAAUUUAUCGAUACACUAUUCCGUAUUCGCAUGUGGUAAAGAUUUCGAGACAUAACAUUUACGUACGUACACACCCACACACACAUAGCUUCUGCAAGAAAUCGACUAAUAAUUAUGUGUAAUACGCGAUGCUUUAAUUAAUAUGUACAUUUGAAUUCGCGCGAAAUAUUUCACGCAAAUGUUAGUCACGUUGUCUACCAAAAAAAGAAAAAAAAAAAGAAGGAAAAGAAAAGGCAUUCGGCGUCGGAAAUGCGAUUCUAUAAGUGGCAUUAUUUUCACUUCACUCGAAUUAUAUAUGAUGUAAAUAAGAAUCCCGGCAUGCCGAAAUAUGUGCACGCAAUCAAACACGGACGAUCGUCUUGAUAUAUGGUAUUAUGUCCCUAUUAAAUGCAGAAGCGUACGCAUAUAUGGUGUAAGAUGAGACACGUAAAGAUGUUCACAUAAGUAAAUAUAUACAUAUAUGUAUUAGUGAGAGCCGUUGUCGAAAGUCGUGGUUCGGAUGAGAAAAUCUAAGUAUAUUUCCUUAAAUAGUACGAGUAGGGAUUUUCGAUAAUGAUUGUGAUUUCCGUCUUAUGUUGGUGCAAUAAAUAAAGAGUAAAUCUAUUAUAACAAUUUUGCAGCUGCAUUUCAAGUGAUAUAAUUUAAUACUAGCAUGCUGU